AUGGUACAACCACCAGCAGCAGCCAUGAAUCACUGUGUCAAGCUGUGGGACUGCCACGCCCUCACCUGCUACAGAGUGAGUCCCAUCCACAACGGCCAGGUUUGCAGCACUUGGGGCAACUUCCACUACAAGACCUUCGAUGGAGAUGUCUUCCAGCUGCGCUCCACCUGCAACUACGUCCUGACCUCCUCGUGCAGGAGCAGCUACAAGGACUUCAACAUUCAGAUAAGAAAUGAGGAGGCUGGAGGCCAUCGCACCAUCAAAAACAUCAUCAUGAAGCUGGAGGGUACGGUGGUGGAGUUGUCUGAGGGCUCAGUGGUUGUCGAUGGAAAACCGGCCAUCCUACCAUUCAGUCAAGCAGGAAUACUCAUCGAGAAAACUCCCACCUACAUCAAAAUCAAAGCCAAGCUGGGACUUGUUGCCGUCUGGAAUCAGGAGGAUUCUUUUCUGGUGGAACUGGACAUGAAGUACAAGAACCAAACCUGCGGUCUUUGUGGGGACUUUAACGGGGUCCAGCUCUACAACGAGUUCUACAGCCAUGGUGUGAAAAUAACCCCCCUGGACUUUGCUAACUUCUGGAAGAUGGAUGGUCCGACUGAAAGCUGCUCUGACUACCAAGCGGUAUCAAAAGAGAGCUGCAACAACAUGAAACCUCUGUGCGAGCAGAUCCUUACCGGGCCGGCAUUUAACAGCUGUCACGGUGUUCUGGACGUUGCCUCCUUCACUGCUGCCUGUAUUUCAGACCUCUGUCACUGUGGCAGUAACGGCAUAGAAAACAUUGACUCGUUCUGUCUGUGCAACACUGUGUCGGAGUUCUCCAGACAGUGCAGCCAUGCUGGUGGCAAACCCGGCAACUGGAGAACCAAGGAGCUCUGCUGGAAGUCGUGUCCUCAUCAAAUGGAGUACAACGAGUGUGGGAAUCCCUGUGCUGAUACCUGCUCCAACCCAGAGGCCAGCCACACCUGUGACAACCACUGUGUCGACGGAUGCAAUUGCCCUGCAGGCACGGUGCUGGAUGAUUUGAGUGGAAAGGGUUGUGUCCCACUGAACAAAUGCUCCUGCAGCUACAACAGCAAGAUCUAUGGACCAGGGGAGUCCUACUCCAGUAACUGCAAAAAAUGUGUGUGUGAGAGCGGCCAGUGGAAGUGUACAGAGGAGAACUGUGUGGGAACCUGCUCUGUGGAGGGAGGAGCUCACAUCAAUACUUUCGAUGGAAAAUUCUACACUUUUCAUGGGGACUGCUCCUACGUCCUGGCUAAGGACUGCAGUGGAUCCCAGUUUGUGGUCCAGGGAGAAAUGGUGCAGUGUGGACUGACUGACAGUGAAACCUGCCUUAAAACUGUUACCCUGGGUCUGUCUGGAGGGGCAAAUGUGGUCACCAUCCAUCCCAACGGCAAGGUGUUUGUGAACGGCAUCUUCGCUCAGUUACCUUUCUCUGCUGCUGGGAUCUCCGCCUUCAGAGCGUCCUCGUUCUACCUGCUGGUGCAGACGUCUGUUGGUAUUCUGUUGGAGGUGCAGCUGGUUCCUGUCAUGCAGCUCUACGUCACAGUGACCAAUGAAUACCAGACCAAGACCUGUGGUCUGUGUGGAAACUUCAACCUUAACCAAGCCGACGACUUCCUGAAGCUCAGCGGUGUUCCUGACGCCACAGCAGCUGGUUUUGUCAACAGCUGGAAGACUCAUGCCGGCUGCCCCGAUGUGAAGAGCAACUUUGAGAACCCCUGCAGCCUCAGUCUGGAUAAUGAGAAAUACGCCAAACACUGGUGCUCCAUGCUGAGCGACCCUCAGGGCGUGUUCGCCUCCUGUCACUCAGAGAUCAACCCCGACCCCUACAAAGAGAACUGCAUGUACGACAGCUGUAACUGUGAGAAAAGUGAGGACUGCAUGUGUGCUGCCGUCUCCUCAUACGUCCACGCCUGUGCAGCUGCAGGAAUCCAGAUGAGCGGCUGGAGGAAGACCAUCUGUGGUAAAUAUGCCAGCUCCUGCCCCAGCAGCAUGGUCUACUCCGACAACAUCACGUCCAGCGGUCAAACCUGCCGCUGCAUCAGCUCCGAUCACCUCAGCUGUCACUUCUCCUUCCCGUCCAUCGACGGCUGCAUCUGUGCAAAAGAAACUUAUCUGGACGACUCUGGGAAGUGUGUCCCCGCUAAGGCUUGUCCCUGUUAUGACAAAGGCUCCAUGGUGCCUUCUGGACAGGUUGUCAACAAGGAUGGGAUCAUGUGCACCUGCAAGGAGGGCAAGCUCAACUGCAUUGGAGAGGUUAUUACACAGCCAUCAUCCUGCACUCCUCCCAUGGUGUUCUUCAACUGCUCUGCUCACGGCCCGGCUGCAACAGGAACUGAGUGUGAGAAGAGCUGCGACACAUUAGACAUGACCUGUGUGUCCACAGAGUGCAUCUCUGGCUGUGUGUGUCCACCUGAGAUGGUGUCUGAUGGUAAAGGUGGCUGCAUCAAGCCAGACACCUGUGCCUGCGUCCACAAUGGCAUCUCCUUCCAGCCUGGAGAGACUACCAAGGUGGACUGCAACACCUGCACUUGUAAAGACAGGAAGUGGCAGUGCACCACCAACCAGUGUGACAGAACCUGCUCUGUUUAUGGUGCUGGACACUACAUGACUUUUGAUCAGAAGCGCUUCAUCUUUGAUGGCACCUGUGAAUACAUCCUCGCUCAGGACUACUGUGGCAGUGCUGAGAGUAAUGGGACCUUCAGAGUGAUCACUGAGAACGUCCCAUGUGGAACCACAGGAACAACCUGCUCCAAAACCAUCAAGAUCUUUCUGGGGAGUGCAGAGCUGAUUCUAACAGACGGAAGCUACCAGGUGAUUUCAAAAGGAGAAGAAGAAACAGCUCCCUUCCGUUACAGCACUAUGGGAAUCUUCCUGGUGGUCGAAGCCAACAAUGGACUCAUUCUCAUGUGGGACAGGAAGACCAGCUUGUUCAUCAAGCUCAGCCCGAAAUAUAAGGGCCGUGUGUGUGGGCUGUGCGGCAACUAUGAUGACAAUGCAAAUAACGACUUCAGCACAAGGUGCCAUGCUGUGGUGGUCAACCCGCUGGUGUUUGGAAACAGCUGGAAGGAUUUACCGAGUUGCCCCGACGCUAAGAGCAUCAGCAACCCCUGCACCACCAACCCAUACAGACAGGCAUGGUCCCAGAAGCAGUGUAGCCUCAUACAGAGCAGUGUCUUCUCCGCCUGCCACUCCAUUGUGGAUCCUACUCCAUACUAUGAUGCAUGUGUGUUUGACUCCUGUGCUUGUGACACGGGCGGAGACUGCGAGUGUUUCUGCACUGCUGUGGCUGCUUAUGCUGAGGCCUGUAAUCAAGCUAGCAUCUGUGUACGAUGGAGAACUCCAAAGAUCUGUCCUCUCUUCUGUGAUUACUACAACCCCCCUGGUGAAUGUGAAUGGCACUACAAGCCAUGUGGAUCACCCUGCAUGAAAACAUGCAGGAACCCAUCUGGCAGCUGCUCCUCACAGAUGCCUCCUCUAGAAGGUUGCUAUCCAAAAUGUCCACCUUCAAAGUCAUACUUUGAUGAGGACACAAUGACAUGCGUUGUGAAAGAACAAUGUGGCUGCUACGACAAAGAGGGAAGACACUAUAAAAAUGAUGAUAACGUGCCAACCACUGAAAAUUGUCGGUCAUGUAACCACACCAUCAACUACCAGCCCUCCAACCACCUUUGUUUUUACAUCGACCACACCAGCUUCCCAACACUGGGAAGUAAAGGAGGAGACAGUGAAACAUAUGAAAAGAUCAGAAACGCAGGGUACAACAUAUGUGAACAGCCAGUUCAGAUUGAAUGCAGAGCUGAGAAAUACCCGAAUGUCACCAUCAACAGCAUAGGACAAGUAGUGCAAUGUAGACGGGAAGAGGGGCUGAGAUGCAAAAAUGAAGACCAAUCAGGACCACUGGCCCUGUGCUUGAACUAUCAAAUCAGAGUUAUGUGUUGUGACUAUGAUAAAUGCAAAAAGCCUAUAACUUCUACGAUACCUCCAAGUUCAACCACAGAACCCCCGAAGACCCCUACAACAACCAAACAUGUUACUGAACCACUCUGCCAGGAAACACUGUGCGACUGGUCAAAAUGGAUAAGCUCUGACAAACCUGAGUAUGGUGCUAAAGGUGGUGACAAUGAAACCAUCAAACACAUCAUCCAGAAAGGAUAUCAAAUCUGUGAGAAUCCUGUGGAAGUAAAGUGUCAAGCUGUGCAUUAUCCGGGACUUAACAUUCAUGAAUUGGGACAGAAAGUAACAUGUAAUGCCCAAAUAGGUUUGCUCUGUAAAAACAGCGAACAGUAUCCUCCCAUUUGUUCAAAUUACGAAAUAAAGGUAAAGUGCUGUAAGAAGGUGCAGUGCAGCACAACACCAAUACCUAAUACUUCAACAACCAUACCAACUACAACACCCACUACUACAACCACCACACCCUCUACCACAACUGAAACAACUACAAUUCCACCAACCUCAACUACCACAACUACCACACCAACUACCACAACUGAAACAACUACAACUCCUCCAACAACAACUACUACGACCACCACACCAACUACUACAACUGAAACAACUACAACACCUCCAACCACAACUAAUACGACCACCACACCAAGUACCACAACUGAAACAACUACAACUCCUCCAACCACAACUAAUACGACCACCACACCAAGUACCACAACUGAAACAACUACAACUCCUCCAACCACAACUAAUACGACCACCACACCAAGUACCACAACUGAAACAACUACAACUCCUCCAACCACAACUACUACGACCACCACACCAACUACCACAACUGAAACAACUACAACUCCUCCAACCACAACUAAUACGACCAACACACCAAGUACCACAACCAAACAACUACAACUCCUCCAACCACAACUACUAACCACCACACCCCAAACCACAACUACUACAACCACCACACCAACUACCACAACUGAAACAACUACAACUCCUCCAACCACUACAGUUCCAACUACAACACCUUCAACUACCACAACCACCACCCCUACCACAACUACUACAACUGACAACACCACCCACACUCCUACCAACACACAAAAAUACAGUGUAGAGCUGUUCUUUAUCCAGGUCUCCCCUUAUCAGAUGUGGGACAAAAAUUGUCCAACACCAGCUCCUUACACUACAGUUCCAACUACAACACCUUCAACUACCACAACCACCACCCCCCCUACCACAACUGAAACAACAACACCAACCACAACUACCACAACUACACACCACUACACAACUGAAACGACUACAACACCUCCAACCACAACUACUACACCACCACCCAACUACCACAACGACUUCACUACUACAACACCAACUACCACAACUACCACCAACUACACAACGACUACUACUACCACAACACUACAACGACACCAACUACCACACCACGACACCAACUACCACAACGACUACAACAACUCCGCCAACACCACAACUGAAACUACAACUACAACUACAACUCAGCCCCCAGCAACUCCAUCUUGCCCUGGGGGACAUGAUAUGAAAUGUGAGUGGACACAAUGGAUCAAUCUUGGCAAGCCCACAUCAGGCCCUGAUGGUGGAGAUGAUGAUGAAUCCAUCAAGAAUAUAAUCUCUCUGCUGGUGGUCAUCACGUGUGCUCUGCUCCUGAAGAAAUACAGUGUAGAGCUGUUCUUUAUCCAGGUCUCCCCUUAUCAGAUUGGGACAAGAUGUGACCUGCAAAAAAGACGUUGUACUACGACCACCACACCAACUACCACAACUACUUCAACUACGACACCAACUACCACAACUACUUCAACUACGACAACUACUUCAACUACAACACCAACUACCACAACAACUACAACAACUCCGCCAACCACAACUGAAACUACAACUACAACUACAACUACAACUCAGCCCCCAGCAACUCCCACUACAGUUACAACUACAACACCUUCAACUACCACAACCACCACCCCGACUACCACAACUGAAACAACAACAACCCCAACCACAACUACUACAACUACAACACCAACUACCACAACUGAAACGACUACAACUCCUCCAACUACAACACCUUCAACUACCACAACCACCACCCCUACUACCACAACUGAAACAACAACUCCGCCAACCACAACUACUACAACUACAACACCAACUACCACAACUGAAACGACUACAACUCCUCCAACCACAACUACUACGACCACCACACCAACUACCACAACGACUACUACUACGACACCAACUACCACAACCACUACAACAACUCCGCCAACCACAACUGAAACUACAACUACAACUACAACUCAGGCCCCAGCAACUCCAUCUUGCCCUGGGGGACAUGAUAUGAAAUCUCCAACUACAACACCUUCAACUACCACAACCACCACCCCUACUACCACAACUGAAACAACAACUCCGCCAACCAAACUACUACAACACCAACUACCACAACUGAAACGACUACAACUCCUCCAACCCAACUACUACGACCACCACACCAACUACCACAACGACUACUACUACGACUGCCACCCAACUACAACUACCACAACAACUCCGCCAACCACAACUGAAACUACAACUACAACUACAACUCAGCCCCCAGCAACUCCAUCUUGCCCUGGGGGACAUGAUAUGAAAUGCUCUUUCGUCUACAAUGUGACAGACGACGACGGCCACUGUUACAGCGGGUAUUGCAAUGAGCAAUGUAUCUGCUACGGCUGGGGAGACCCCCAUUAUGUCACCUUUGAUGGGACCUACUAUAACUUUAAACGCAACUGUUCCUACUGGCUGAUGAAAGAGAUUUCGCCCAGAUACAACUUCAGCGUUUUGAUCACUGACUACUACUGCGGUGCAGCUGAUAGCCUAUCCUGUCCUCAGUCCAUCACUGUCUUCUACCAAAACUACAUGAUCUUUAUCACGCAGAAGGAUAUUGAUGGCAAUUUCAUUAAUGAGAUAUCUGUGAAUGACAAGCGUGUAAACCCUGCAUACCAGACUGCUGACUUCCGUAUAACCACCACGGGCAUUGAUACAUUGCUAGUAAUCCCUAAAAUCAAAGCCAAGAUCACCUUCUCAGGGCUCAUAUUCAGUAUCUACCUGCCCUAUAGCCAAUUUGCCGGCAACACCUGGGGACAAUGUGGCACAUGUGACAACAAUCGGACGGAUGACUGCAUGUUGCCCACUGGCAAAAUUGAUCCUUCGUGUCCUGGUAUGGCACAAGGGUGGCACGAUGGUGAGUGUGGCCACCCUAAACCCACACCAGCACCAUCACCGACGCCUACUCCCUGCGAUGCAACCAUCUGUCAGGUCAUCAAGAGCAGGUAG